GCGGCGAAGCAGUAGCACAGUUAAGCGUGGAGAGAGCAUCUUUGACACAUCGUGCGGGGGAUCUGCUCUGUGAACGCCUAAGCAGAUAAGAGAUGUCUUCUUCCGACCUCCAGGAGACAGCACCGGUCGCUGCGGCCACAGAAGAAGCGGUGCCUGCCACACCACUUAAGAAGACCGCGGCUAGCAAGAAAGCUAAAGCCGGCGCAGCCGCCGCCGCCCCCUCAUCGUCGAGUAAAAAGAAGAAGUCCAAAAAGAAGAAGAACCAGCCCGGUAAAUACAGUCAGCUGGUGGUGGAAACAAUUCGCAAACUGGGGGAAAGAAAUGGCUCUUCUCUCGCCAAAAUCUUUAACGAAGCGAAAAAGGUGCCCUGGUUCGACAUGCAAAACGGCCGCACCUACCUGAAGUACUCCAUCAAGGCGCUGGUGCAGAACGAUUCUCUCAUCCAGGUGAAGGGCACCGGUGCCAACGGCUCGUUCAAGCUGAACAAGAAGAAGUUGGAGGGGGCAGCCGACAAGAAGGGCUCAUCGGGGGCAAAAAGUCACAAGAAAGCAGCUGCGCCAGCCAAGACGACAGCAGCCAAAAAGGCAAAGCCCGCCCAGAAAGCGAAGAAACCCAAAGCCGUCGCAGGCGCUAAGAAGGUGGCCAAGCCCAAAAAAGCCAAGCCUGCAGGUGCCAAAAAAGCGAAGAAGGUGAAGAAGCCCACCAAGGCGAGCAAAGCCAAGAAGGCGUGAGGGGGCGACAGCUUCGCCCUGCCCUGUCCCGCUCUUUGACCCGUCGCUUUUCUCUUCGACUCUUUAUUAUUGCGUUAAGUGAAGCUUUUUUUUUCCCAUUUGGAGGAUGCUUUGUGUUUGAACUGAAAAUGGCAAUUGUGUACUUUUUUUUUUUUUUGUAAAAUGUUUAAGUUUUUUUUUUAAUUGUUUAUAUAAUUAUCAAGUAAAGAAAAGGACAUCCUGAUGCUUUGGCGGAUUGUGAGCGCGCUGGCUUGCGCUCUUUUUUUUCCCGGGGGGGGUCACUGUGGUAUUGUGCACUUAAAACAGUUUGUCACUUUCCUGAUUGCUCAUUAAACGUUAUUUUUGUGAAAAAUUAA